AUGGCUCAGUCGACAGCCCACCGCCGUCUCCUUCAGGAGUACAAGAUGCUGACUAACAACCCUCCCGAUGGCAUCACGGCUGGUCCAGUGAAUGAAGAUGAUAUGCUUGUCUGGGAAGCCCUGAUCCAAGGCCCCGAGGGCACUCCCUUCGAAGGCGGCAUCUUCCCUGCUGAGCUCAAGUUCCCCAAAGACUAUCCGUUAGCACCGCCCAAGAUGACCUUCUUGGGAGAGAUCUUCCACCCCAAUGUCUACCCAACCGGCCUAGUCUGCAUCUCCAUCCUGCACCCGCCCGGCGACGACCCGAACCACUACGAGCACGCCUCCGAGCGAUGGAGCCCGAUCCAGUCCGUCGAGAAGAUCCUCAUCUCCGUCAUGAGCAUGCUCGCCGAGCCCAACGACGAGAGCCCGGCCAACGUCGAGGCCGCUAAGAUGUGGCGAGAUCGGCGGCCCGAGUACGAGAAGAAGGUCCGAGACGGCGUCCGUCGCAUGCUGGGUCUCUAG